AUCACCAGGUACGUCGUCCCCUUUAUUCCCUUACCGCUGUGCGAAACUGAGCACCCAAACCCUAACUUACUCUCGUGCUCGGAUCUGAUCUGAUUACUAGUUCAUAUGCAUCUGAAAGAUGGCGAGGAUACCGUCUUUGAAGAGCCUCAAUGCGUUUCCACAUGCGGAGGAACACUUGUUGAAGAAGACUUACUCUGGUGCUGUUGUGACAAUUCUUGGGCUACUUAUAAUGAUUACACUGUUUGUACAUGAGCUGCAGUUUUAUCUCACCACAUACACAGUGCAUCAGAUGUCUGUAGAUCUAAAACGAGGAGAGACUCUGCCAAUUCAUGUCAACAUGUCAUUUCCUUCUUUGCCAUGUGAAGUAUUGAGUGUGGAUGCAAUUGACAUGUCUGGGAAACAUGAAGUUGAUUUGCAUACAAAUAUUUGGAAGCUUCGCUUGGACAAGCAUGGCCAUAUCAUCGGUACAGAGUACUUGUCUGACCUAGUUGAAAAGGAGCAUGGGGCACAUCAUGAUCAUGACCACGAACAGGAGCAUCAUGAUGAACAAAAGAAGCAUGAACAAACCUUCAACGAAGAAGCACAGAAAAUGAUCAAGAGUGUCAAACAAGCACUGGGAAAUGGUGAAGGGUGUCGAGUCUAUGGGACGUUGGAUGUGCAGAGGGUGGCUGGUAACUUCCAUAUCUCAGUGCAUGGUUUGAACAUCUUUGUUGCUGAAAAGAUUUUUGAAGGGUCAAGCCAUGUAAACGUCAGUCAUGUUAUCCACGAGCUCUCAUUUGGCCCAAAGUAUCCAGGAAUUGACAACCCACUGGAUGAUACUUCAAGGAUACUUCAUGACACAAGUGGAACCUUCAAAUACUAUAUCAAGGUUGUUCCGACUGAGUACAAAUAUCUGUCAAAGAAAAUAUUGCCAACAAAUCAGUAUUCUGUCACGGAGUAUUUUCUUCCCAUUCGCCCAACUGAGAGGGCCUGGCCAGCGGUGUACUUCCUGUAUGAUCUCUCACCAAUUACAGUCACCAUCAAAGAGGAAAGAAGGAACUUCCUUCAUUUUAUAACUCGCCUUUGUGCAGUUCUUGGUGGCACAUUUGCCAUGACAGGAAUGCUUGACCGAUGGAUGUACCGGCUUGUCGAGUCAGUCACCAACUCGAAGACCAGAAGUGUACUGCGGUAACUGCACAAUUCAUGAUAGGCGGAAAACAGCUGGUACCGUGGCUAAGAGCAUCUCUAAGAGACUUUUUAUUUUUGGCUCUCUAUUUAACUCUCUAUUUAUUUUUUCAUAAAGAUUACAUUAUAUAUAUAGCAUCUCACUCCAACAGACUAUCUAUCUAGUUUUGCUAGUCAGGUGGCUAGUCAAAUUUGGCUAGUGAGAGAGCUGAUUUGGAGAGUCAGAUAGCUUAGCGAGUUAGAUAACUAGUCUGUUGGAAAGUUAUUUUAUUGUUGAGUAGCUAAAAUUUGGCUUGACGAGUCAUUUAACUAGUCUCUUGGAGGUGCUCUAAUGAAGCCAAUAGACGGACCUUUGCCCCCAAGCUAACGGAUGAAGCCAUGCUGAUUUGCAUGUUUUAUUUUCUCCGUACAUGACUAACUUUAUCAUCAGUUAUGUUAAAUUGACACAAAGUCCACGGACUACAGUUUUGUAAAACUUGAUGAGGAAUAUGUAUGCAAAGAAAGCGUGGGUCCAGAAUAGUUUUCUGUGAAAAAUCAAUACAAAUGUAGCUUCAGUGUGCUCUGUAAUAGCAACCUGAUGCUUUAUUUAUAGGACGACUUUCGUCGCAUGUGACAUGUGUUGCGAGCUGCAUUCGCUCCUGUCCUCAGGUAGAUGCAUGCCCUGCGAUGCUUCAAGGCUGUCCGGGGGAGUAGCAGUAUUUGAGGAAAGGUCGAUGAAAUGAAGUAGUAGCGAGGAAAGAUGUCAUGCUUCAACUGCCAAGGAUCAGAAGAGUUCGUGAGUCGUUACUGUUGUGAAGCACGUCGCUGUUGUAGUGCUGUAUGAUUUAUUUCUCCGUCACGAGUCAUGAUUAACACAAACGAGGUACAGAGACUUUUUUUAAUUCCUCUGAACAUUGAUCAUUGUGAUAUAGAGCUUCUCCAUAUAUAUAGAGAGCUAUUAUAUAUAUAGUGCUGUCAAGGACGAACAUUUGUAUAAACGGGACUGGGAUUAGAAUCCCUCAUUUCCUCUUUUUUUAUUAUAAAAAAUAGAGUUUGUAUUUUUUUAUUUUAUGAUAUUUCUUGGAGGAUUACUAUGA